GCAUAUGAGGAGGCGGUGGCGGCGGCGCCGCAGACUCCGCACGGCCAGGCUGACGGCCGGACAGACGCGCGGACCGAGCCCGCCUGAGGCCCCUGCCCCGGCCCCGCGCCGCCUGCCCGCGCGCCUCUCGCCCCCGCAGCCGCCAAGAUGGGGGACAAGAAAGAUGACAAGAGCUCGCCCAAGAAGGGCAAGGCCACCAAGAGCCGGGACAUGGAUGACCUCAAGAAGGAGGUGGCUAUGACAGAGCACAAGAUGUCAGUGGAAGAGGUGUGCCGAAAGUACAACACAGACUGCGUGCAGGGUCUGACCCACAGCAAAGCUCAGGAGAUCCUGGCCCGGGAUGGGCCGAAUGCACUCACCCCACCCCCCACCACUCCCGAGUGGGUCAAGUUCUGCCGUCAGCUCUUCGGGGGUUUCUCCAUCCUGCUGUGGAUCGGGGCCAUCCUCUGCUUCCUGGCCUACGGCAUCCAGGCAGGAACUGAAGAUGACCCAUCUGGCGACAACCUGUACUUGGGCAUUGUGCUGGCCGCUGUGGUCAUCAUCACCGGCUGCUUCUCCUACUACCAGGAGGCCAAGAGCUCCAAGAUCAUGGAGUCCUUCAAGAACAUGGUUCCCCAGCAAGCCCUGGUGAUCCGGGAAGGGGAAAAGAUGCAGGUGAACGCCGAGGAGGUGGUCGUCGGGGACCUGGUGGAGAUCAAGGGUGGAGACCGAGUCCCCGCAGACCUGCGCAUCAUCUCGGCUCAUGGUUGCAAGGUGGACAACUCCUCACUGACUGGCGAGUCUGAGCCGCAAACCCGCUCUCCCGACUGCACGCACGACAACCCCCUGGAGACCCGCAACAUCACCUUCUUCUCCACCAACUGUGUGGAAGGCACUGCGCGGGGCGUGGUGGUGGCCACUGGGGACCGCACAGUCAUGGGCCGCAUUGCCACCCUGGCCUCAGGGCUGGAGGUGGGCAAGACGCCCAUCGCCAUUGAGAUCGAGCACUUCAUCCAGCUCAUCACUGGCGUGGCCGUCUUCCUGGGCGUCUCCUUCUUCAUCCUGUCCCUCAUCCUCGGCUACACCUGGCUGGAGGCUGUCAUCUUCCUCAUUGGCAUCAUCGUGGCCAAUGUGCCCGAGGGUCUGCUGGCCACUGUCACUGUGUGUCUGACGCUGACUGCCAAGCGCAUGGCACGCAAAAACUGUCUGGUGAAGAACCUGGAGGCUGUGGAGACCCUGGGAUCCACAUCUACCAUCUGCUCCGACAAGACUGGCACCCUCACCCAGAACCGCAUGACCGUCGCCCAUAUGUGGUUUGACAAUCAGAUCCACGAAGCGGAUACCACAGAGGACCAGUCAGGGACCUCGUUCGACAAGAGCUCACACACCUGGGUGGCGCUGUCCCACAUCGCCGGGCUCUGCAACCGCGCUGUCUUCAAGGGCGGCCAGGACAACAUUCCCGUGCUCAAGAGGGACGUGGCUGGUGACGCCUCUGAGUCUGCCCUGCUGAAGUGCAUCGAGUUAUCCUCCGGCUCCGUGAAGCUGAUGCGGGAACGCAACAAGAAAGUGGCCGAGAUCCCCUUCAACUCCACCAACAAGUACCAGCUCUCCAUCCACGAGACCGAGGACCCCAACGACAACCGCUACCUGCUGGUGAUGAAGGGCGCCCCUGAGCGCAUCCUGGACCGCUGCGCCACCAUCCUGCUGCAGGGCAAGGAGCAGCCACUGGAUGAGGAGAUGAAGGAGGCGUUCCAGAACGCGUACCUGGAGCUCGGCGGCCUGGGCGAGCGAGUGCUAGGUUUCUGUCAUUACUACCUGCCCGAGGAGCAGUUCCCUAAGGGUUUUGCCUUCGACUGCGAUGACGUGAACUUCACCACUGACAACCUCUGCUUUGUGGGUCUCAUGUCCAUGAUCGACCCACCCAGGGCAGCUGUCCCCGAUGCCGUGGGCAAGUGCCGAAGUGCAGGCAUCAAGGUCAUCAUGGUCACUGGCGAUCACCCCAUCACGGCCAAGGCCAUCGCCAAGGGUGUGGGUAUCAUCUCCGAGGGCAACGAGACGGUGGAGGACAUCGCAGCCAGGCUCAACAUUCCCGUCAGCCAGGUCAACCCCCGGGACGCCAAGGCCUGUGUGAUCCACGGCACUGAUCUCAAGGACUUCACCUCGGAGCAGAUUGACGAGAUCCUGCAGAACCACACAGAGAUUGUCUUUGCCCGCACCUCACCCCAGCAGAAGCUCAUCAUCGUGGAGGGCUGUCAGAGACAGGGAGCCAUCGUGGCUGUGACAGGAGAUGGUGUGAAUGACUCCCCUGCCCUCAAGAAGGCCGACAUUGGCGUGGCCAUGGGCAUCGCCGGCUCUGACGUGUCCAAGCAGGCGGCCGACAUGAUUCUGCUUGAUGAUAACUUCGCCUCCAUAGUCACCGGGGUGGAGGAAGGCCGCCUGAUCUUCGACAACCUCAAGAAGUCCAUCGCUUACACCCUGACCAGCAACAUCCCCGAGAUCACGCCCUUCCUGCUGUUCAUCAUGGCCAACAUCCCUCUGCCCCUGGGCACCAUCACCAUCCUCUGCAUCGACCUGGGCACUGACAUGGUCCCUGCCAUCUCCCUGGCCUACGAGGCUGCUGAGAGCGACAUCAUGAAGAGACAGCCCAGGAACCCACGCACUGACAAACUGGUGAAUGAGAGGCUCAUCAGCAUGGCCUAUGGGCAGAUCGGAAUGAUUCAGGCCCUCGGAGGCUUUUUCUCCUACUUUGUCAUCCUGGCGGAAAAUGGCUUCCUGCCUAGCAACCUGGUGGGUAUUCGGCUGAACUGGGACGACCGCACCAUCAAUGACCUGGAGGACAGUUAUGGACAGCAGUGGACCUAUGAGCAGAGGAAAGUGGUGGAGUUCACCUGCCACACAGCCUUCUUCGUGAGUAUCGUGGUGGUCCAGUGGGCUGACCUGAUCAUCUGCAAGACCCGGAGGAACUCGGUCUUCCAGCAGGGCAUGAAGAACAAGAUCCUGAUCUUCGGCCUGUUCGAGGAGACAGCCCUGGCCGCUUUCCUGUCCUACUGCCCCGGCAUGGACGUGGCCCUCCGCAUGUACCCGCUCAAGCCCAGCUGGUGGUUCUGUGCCUUCCCCUACAGUUUCCUCAUCUUCGUCUACGACGAAAUCCGCAAGCUCAUUCUGCGCAGGAACCCCGGGGGUUGGGUGGAGAAAGAAACCUACUACUGACCUCAGCCCCGCCACAUGGCCGUCUCUUCCCCGCCCCCAUGCCCAGGACAGCCCCCUCCAGUCCCCCGCAUUUUGUAUUCUGGGGGGAGGGGCCCUCUCUCCCUGUGGUUCCGCCUCAGCCCCCACUCCCUCCAGGUAUCUCCUGCCUCUCGCCUCCCCCCCACCCUCUGGCUGGCUUCUCGCCCCGCCCCAGCCCCGCCCCUGGUCCAGGCCCCGCCCCUGGCCCCGCCCGGCCCUGGCCCUGGCCCCGCCUCUCUCCUUUCUCUUUUCUGUGUCUGUUCUCACCUGCUCACCCACUCCCAGCCGCCUCCCUGGGCUCUUUUAUACUCCCCUUCACCCCGGCUGACGCCGUCUCUGGUUCUGGACAAUUAUCAAAUAUAUCAGUGGGAGAGAGAA